UAUAGUGAGCAUAUGGGUGUUUGCUAACCACCUGUCUGCCUACUGAGGGGACAUCAGUUGGACAGUCGCAGGCAUAGAGGAAGAAGUCUGGAAUGAUUGGGCUGGAUGUCUAUCUGUAUCCAGAUGGUCUUAGGGUUGCUACACCAGAAGAUACAGAGAAGUGGGAAUCCGAGAGACAUAUGUUUGAACCGAAUAUUCGUCUCUUUGUGGCUCUGUUCUCAUACAACCCUGCGGUGAUGUCACCAAACCCUGAAACAAUGGAGGAGGAACUGCCUUUUGAACAAGGACAGAUCAUUAAAGUAUAUGGAGAUAAAGAUGCUGACGGCUUCUAUAGCAGAGAGACGGAUGGACGCUUCAGUUUUGUGCCGAGCAACAUGGUUUCUGAGAUUCCUUUGGAAGAAGGAGAGCUCAAACUUCGUCUGUUCCAGCAGGGUUUUUUACCAGAGGAGACGCCUUCCAUAGCACCUAGCGAAACAUCUAGUGUGCCGGAUGGUGUGAAGGUCCACAGGAUGGUGGCUAUUUUUGAUUAUGACCCAUGGGAAAGUUCUCCAAACAUGGAUAUUGCGGAUGAGCUUCCCUUUCGUGCAGGAGACAUUAUAUAUGUUUUUGGAGAAAUGGACAGUGAUGGAUUUUAUUAUGGAGACCUACAUGGUUACCGAGGUCUUGUGCCAUCAAACUUUUUGCAAGCCCUGCCUUGGGACUAAAGGAACUGAGCAAUCAGAAAUCAGGAACAGGAGAGUGACCUCAGAGUGUGAAUAGAACCCACUUUACUGAAUCCAACUCCAGCUCCAGCUUUUUUUUUUUUUUACAUAUAACGUGUCUUGUUUCCUGUAAUGUGCAUGACGUAUCAUGUCUCUAAACGCACUUGACCUUUCCACUAUGCUUAGCAUCAAUUGAAUACAUAAAAGGAAAUUAAUUUCUGAUUUAUACAAGAGCUUUUGAUAGCAGCUAGUGCAUUAUAGCCUUAAAAGACUGAUAAUGGUAAUUUAAGAAUUAUUGUUUUAUAUUGUUUUAUGUGUCUUCUUUUCAAUACUGAGCUAUUUUUGUAAUGUCCUUCCUGUACGCAGCAACUGCACUGGUGUUAGUUUAACAACAGCACUAUAUGUUUUACACACACACUUACGCAGUUCAGCUUC